GGGCAGCUGGGCAGCACCCAGAGCCAGGGCCUGGUGCCGUGCAUCGUGUUUGUCCUGAAGGAGAUGCUGCCAAAUUAUCACAAGUGGCGCUAUAACUCCCAUGGAGUGAGAGAAAAAAUAGGAUACCUUAUCCUCCAGCUGAUCCAUGCAAUUUUGAACCUGUGCCCUGAAAUGGAUCCUCGUAGCAGUGCCCCCAGCCUCCAGUCCCUUUGCAUCUUCAGCCUGGCCAAUACGGAAGCAGGCCAGGCGGUCAUCAGCAUCAUGGGCAUCGGAGUGGACACCAUCGAUAUGGUGAUGGCCAGCCAGUCCUGCAGCGAUGGGGAGUCUCAGGGCCAGCUCCUGAUCCAGACGGUGAAACUGGCGUUCUCCGUCACCAACAACGUCAUCCGGUUGAAGCCUCCCUCCAGCGUUGUGUCGCCUCUGGAACACGCCCUGACUCAGCACGGGGCCCACCGGAACAAUCUGAUCGCUGUCUUAGCCAAGUACAUCUACCAUAAACAUGACCCAGCCUUGCCACGACUAGCCAUCCAGCUCCUGAAGCGGCUGGCAACGGUGGCUCCGAUGUCUGUCUACGCCUGCCUGGGCAGUGACGCCUCUGCCAUUCGCGAUGCCUUCCUGACCCGCUUGCAGAGCAGAAUUGAGGACAUGCGCAUCAAAGUCAUGAUCCUCGACUUCCUCACGGUGGCCGUGGAAACCCAGCCGGGCCUGAUCGAAUUGUUUCUUAACCUGGAAGUGAAAGACGGGAGCGAGGGCUGCAAGGAGUUCAGCUUAGGGGAAUGGAGCUGCCUUCACGUGGUCCUGGAGCUGAUUGACUCAAAACAGCAGGAGCGCUAUUGGUGUCCCCCCCUCCUGCAACGAGCCACCGUUGCUUUUCUCCACGCCCUGUGGCAGGACCGCCGAGACAGCGCCAUGCUGGUCCUCAGGAACAAGCCAAAGUUUUGGGGAAACUUAACCAACCCGUUGUUUGGAAUCCUUCCUCCACCGUCCGAAACAUCUGAGCUGAGUGUCUUGGAAACCUGUGCCUUGAUAAUGAAAAUCAUUUGCCUGGAGAUUUAUUCCGUGGUCAAGGGGUCUCUGGACCAGUCCUUGAAGGACACACUCAAGAAGUUUUCAGCCGAGAAGCGCUUUGCUUACUGGUCGGGCUACGUGAAGUCCCUGGCCUUCCACGUGGCCGAGACGGAGGGCAGCCGCUGCGCUUCCGUGACCGAGUACCAGAUGCUGAUCUCCGCUUGGCGAAUGCUGCUUGUGGUUUCCACCAGCCACGCCGAUAUCGUGAACUUGACCGACACGGAGGUUCAGCAGCUGUUCCUGGAUGUCUUGAGUGGGACCAAGGCUUUGGUGAGAAUUCCCAUUUUAGAAACCUGUUGCUGUUCAGCCCUCAAACCUCUGUUUGCUUCUUUCUUCUCCCUCCCUGCUUUUUCUCCCUACUCUGCCAGCAAGUUGGGCUCGGCGGAGAAAAUCAUCAACUCCUUGACGCAGAUCCUGGACGGAGUCCUUCAGGCUGACCAGCAGAUGAUGGAGAAGACCAAGGCCAAGGUCUUCUCCGCACUCGUCACCGUCCUGCAGAUGAAAGAAAUGAAAGCAAGCGAAAUCCCUCAGUACUCGCAGCUGGUGCUGAGCGUGUGUGAGACCCUUCAGGAGGAAUUCAUCGCCCUCUUCGACCACACCCGGCACUGCUUGACUUCGGGAGAUUCCCUGGAGGACAAAGACAGCAUGGAGACGGACGACAUCUCCCGGCACAGGCAGAAGGACCAGCGAGACGGGGUGUGCGUGCUGGGCCUCCACUUGGCCAAGGAGCUGUGCGAAGUGGACGAAGAGGGGGACGGCUGGCUGCAAGUGACAUGGAGCCUCCCGCUGCUCCCCACCCUCUGCACCACCUUGGAGGUCAGCCUGAGGCUGAAGCAGAAUUUGCACUUCACCGAAGCCUCACUGCACCUGCUGCUCACCUUGGCCAAGACCCAGCAGGGGGCAGCGGCCGUGGCCACAGCCGGCAUCCUUCACAGCAUCUGCUUGCCCCUCCUGAGCGUCUACCAGCUGAGCAGCAAUGGAGGGGGACAGGUCCCCGUUUCCUCUCGGCGGUCUCUGGACGGCCCAUCCUGGCCCGGUGUCUACCGCCUCUCCGUAUCGCUGAUGGAGCGCCUGCUGAAGACCCUCCGGUACAACUUCCUGACCGACGCCUUGGACUUUGUGGGUGUCCAUCAGGAGAGGAUCCUUCAGUGCUUAAACGCCGUUCGGACGGUGCAGAGCCUGGCCUGCCUGGAAGAAGCAGAUCACACCGUGGGGUUCCUCCUCCAGCUGUCCAACUUCAUGAAGGAGUGGCAGUUCCACCUGCCCCAGCUCCUCAGGGACGUCCAGGUAUGGGAACUGCCUUGCUUACCCAUAAAAACAGCAAACAGGACUGGUCCUGCUCCGUGUGCAUUUCGGUUCUGCUUCCUCCCGCAGUCCCUGGACCUGGCAGAGUACAGCAUCCUUUUCAUGCUCAGCUUUACCACUCCGGCCUUCGACUCGGAGGCGCCCCCCUCUUUUGGGACCCUGCUGGCCACCAUCAAUGUGGCCCUGAACAUGUUGGGGGAGUUGGAUAAGAAGAAGGACCCCUUCAGUCUGGCUGCAGGACCCUCCCCCCAGCAGGAAGGGAACAAGACACUCAAGCCCCUCCUGAUGUUCACCAUGGAAAACUGCUUCUACCUUCUCAUCUCUCAAGCGGUUCGGUAUUUGAAGGAUCCGGCGGUGCACUCGCGAGACAAACAGCGCAUGAAACAGGAGCUCAGCUCAGAGCUGAGCACGCUGCUCUCCAGCCUGUCUCGCUAUUUCCGCCGCGGUGGCCCUUCCUCGCCUGCCGGGGGCCUCCUGCCCUCCCCCCAGGGAAAACCCUCCUCCAAGCUGGGGCCGGAAGGCCAGGAGCCCCUCUUCCAGCUGGUCCAGACCUUCGUCCGACACGUGCAAAGAUAAGACGCCACCCUCCACUCUGGCUGGAGAUGACGCCCACUUGGUCUCCCAUCCCUUCUGGGACCUCCAUCAGGGAGGCGUUGGCUGCUCUCUUCCAGCAAAGGGGGACAGACCCACUCCUCGCCCCCUCCGCCCCAAAGAAUUGUGUCGCGAGUAAAUCCGACUCGGCCUUCAUAAGCCUCUCCCUUAUUUUUCUAGCUUAACGCACAGCCCAGGAUGGGAAGCAGAUGGAGAGAGCUUGA